AGGGUGCGACGCGCCUGCCAUCGCGGGAGGGAGGUGGCAGCGCCGCACGGCUCCGCUCCGGCUCCGGGUGAACGGGCGGUGGGCGGAGCGGCGAGGCGGGGCGGAGCGGCGUGCGGGCCAUGAUCGAGAUGGCGGCCGAACCCGACGCCUUCCGGGCCCCUCCGCCUCCGCUACGGUCGGGAGAACCGCCGGGAGGACCUCCGCCGGGCCCCGCCGCUCCAACCGGGCCUCCGCGGCGAAGAGGCCGUGAGGAAGGGGAGGGCGGCGGGGAGGCCCCGAGGCCGCGGAACGGCUUCCGAGCGGCGGGAGGAGGAGGAGGAGGAGGAGGAGGAGGGGGGGGGGGGGGGGGGGGGGGGGGGGGGAAGCGGCGGAGCAGCUGCGCCGGCCCGAAACAACCGCCGUGGAAACGGCGCCGGAGAGCGACGUCGGAAUGCGACCCGGCUCUGCCGUCCGAGUUCCUCCUGGGGGGAAACAUCUUCGACCCGCUGAACCUCAACAGCCUCCUGGACGAGGAGGUGAGCCGCGCUCUGAACGCCCGCACCCCGCAAUCCUCCCCGCUCCCCGCCCGCGGCCGCGACCCCGUGGAGAUCCUCAUCCCCCGCGACAUCACCGACCCGCUCAGCCUCAACGCCCCGGGGGGGGGGGACGACGACGGGCUCCGUUUGGCUUCCCCGGCUAAAGCCACCAGACGUCGGCAUCGCCACCGCGGUCAGCAGCGAGCCGGCACCGCCAACAGCACCGCCACCAACAGCACCGCCACCACCAACAGCACCAACAGCAGCGGCGCGGAGCCGGAGAGCCGAACCGAGCACGGCAACGCCACCGGCGGCACCGGCAGCACCGCCUGCUCCAACAGCCGGCACCGUAAGAGGAGGAGGACUUGCAGUAAAUCCGAGCCCGCCCGCCCCGCCGCUUCACCGGAGAAAGGGAAAAGCGGCAACGGAGCCGCCAAGAGCUCGACGGCGCCGACGGCGCGGAGGCGUAAAACCCAAAAGUUCCAAUACGGGAAUUACUGUAAAUAUUACGGCUACCGCAACCCGGAUUGCGAGGACGGGAGGCUGAAGGCCAUGAAAGCCGAGUGGUUCGCCGGGAAGGAGGUGUUGGAUGUGGGGUGCAAUGUGGGCCACGUGACGCUGAGCAUCGCCAAGCGCUGGGGGCCCAGCAGGGUGGUGGGGUUGGACAUUGACGGAGCCCUGAUCCGCUCGGCCCGCCAGAACAUCCGGCACUAUUUGUCCGAGGAAAUGGCCGCGCUGGAGGGCGGGGGGAGGAAAGGGUUCCCGGCGGCGCUGCUGGCCAGCAGGGGGCCGAUUGCUGCGCCCACGCUGCCCCCCGACGGACCCGCGGCCGCCCGCUUCCCGCACAACGUCGUCUUCGUGACGGGUAACUACGUCCCAGACCGCGAGGAGGCCGUUUGGGCUCAGCGCCCCGAAUUCGACGUCCUUUUGGUGCUGUCCCUGACCAAAUGGGUGCAGCUCAACUGGGGGGACGAGGGGCUCAAAAGGCUUUUCCGUCGGGCCUACCGACACCUGCGCCCGGGGGGGCUGCUGCUGCUGGAGCCCCAGCCCUGGGCUUCCUAUCGCAAGAGGAAGGGGCUGACGGUGAGA